GUUGAAAAUGAAUUGGCUUAGAAAGAUCGUCAGCGGCAAGCGCCGAAGACUCAAGAAGGAUAAUUACGACCUUGACAUUACAUAUAUUACAAGAAGAAUACUAGCAAUGAGCUUUCCAGCAGUGGGGCUUGAGAAAAUGUACAGGAACGCAAUGUCUGAUGUGAUCUCGUACCUUGAUAAGAAUCAUGGAGGGCAUUAUAAGGUGUAUAAUAUGAGUGGACGGUCCUAUAAUUACUCAAAGUUUCAUGGAGUAGUGGAGAGCUAUAACUGGGAAGACCAUCAUCCUCCUAAUAUAGAUGUCCUGUUUAGAUCCUGCCAUUCGAUGUAUGAAUGGCUUCUAGAAGAUGAUGAAAAUGUUAUUGUAGUUCACUGAAAUGCAGGCAAAGGAAGGACAGGGACCAGCAUAUCUUGAUUCCUGAUCUAUUCAGGUCUUUCUGCUACAGCAGAGGAAGCUAUGAUCUAUUAUGGUAGGAAAAGAUUCUCUACAGGGAAAGGUGUCACUCAACCAUCUCAGAAGAGAUAUAUAAAAUAUUUUGAAGAGAUUUACAGAGGAAGAAUCAAAUCUCCAGAAAAAUAAGCUUUUCAAGUCAUUGUCUUUCAAAGGAGUUCCUUUUUUAAAUGGAACCUCAGCAAAGCUCUUUUUCGAAAUAGUCAAUGUGAAGACUUUAGAAGUCCUUUACUCUUCUAAGCAAGCCAGCAUGGUCAAAUAUGACUUUUUUGGACAGCAUUUAGAUCGACUUCAGUGCUACGAGUUGCUUCCAGCUGAUGAUAUAGAUAUGGUACUUACAGGAGACCUCUUAUUUAAAAUCCGAAGUGGGCAUAGCUUCUCAAACAGCACCUUGUGCCGAUUUUCAAUUAACACCGCUUUUAUUGGGCCUCAAGAAGAGUUUAAGAAAGAGGAUCUUGACCCAACACAGUUUAAGAAAGACAACAGAUUUGCAGAUUAUUUUACCCUUUCUUUACUCACAGAGAAGGGUUGUCCGACCUGACAUGCAGGAAAGGAUCUAAAUGACCUCUGAAUAGACUGAAUGGAAGACUUAGAAAAUGAGCUUAGCCCUUGGUCCUAUAUUCAAGCAACUCUUCACGAUUUGUUCAUGGAUCCUAAGAAAAUCCCAAGCUAUUCUAAAGCACUUAGGAUUCAUUUCUUAGAUGAAACACCGGAUUAUGAAGAAACUCUGGAGCUGGAGGAUAAAGAUUUAGCAAAAGUUAAGUUAAUCACCGGGAGUAUUAGAAAGGACACCAAUCACCAGGAUAUAGAUGUUGAGCUAGGAAACGAAAAGAGAGUCUCCGUAUCCAAGAAAUUAUUCAACUUUCCUGGUGUAGAUGAACCAGUAAAAUCACAGAGCAAUGAGUCUUCACCUCAACGGUCCAUCAGAGCAAAGACCAUUUUUGAGAACUUGCUAGACGAGAAGGAAGAAUUUAUGCCUAAUCUGAACCAAGAACCAAAAAGAAAGCAUACGUUUAUAUCUGAGCCUGAUAAAUUACUCAAGGAUCAGAAAUCCGUCAAAAUAGAGGAAGGGAAGUAUGAAAUAGAUAUCGCUGGUAGUCAUACUAGUAGCUCUCAUAGCCUGGAAGAUGAAGUAGACCUGAGGGAGACUCCAUACUGGAAGCGGAGAGAAAUAGCUGAUGGAAGUCUAUACCAGGACAUCCUCCAGUCAAACAUUGAGGCAGCUAUCCUGAAGAAAGUCAAGAAAUUUGAGCAAGAGAAUCGAGGCCUUGACGGACAAGACAAGAGCCUUAAGAGACAGGAAGAAAGUAAGGAAGAGACCAAGCAGAUAGAUGCAUGAGCAGAAUCCAAAAAUCAGAAAUAUAGGAUUAGCAAGGAGCUUGAUGAAGGCUCAUAUGAUGUAAUCCAACGAGCUUCAGUGGUUAGUGAUGAAAUGUUAAAGAAGAAAGUAAUGAUGGACUCUAAGAAAGCUUCAAAGAAGAAUCAGUUUCAUGGAUUUUAAAUAAAAAUCUCUAGACUCUGGAGUGAACAACGUUAAAGAGAUAAUGAGAAAUUCUGUGU